AUGUGGCGCCCGACGAGGGCCAUUGCCGAUACAAUCACCAAGCUCAACGGCUCUUCAAGCUUGUGCCUGAAAAUGAGCCUUGCGGCCCUCCCUACUGAGCUCUUGGAGCUCAUAUUGGAUGACUUUAUCCCACCAGAUUGGAACUUGUAUGCAACGGAUGAUGACUUACGCUGGUUUAAAUUGAGGCUAGUCUGUAGUAGAUUUGAUGCCAUACUCUCACGUCAAGCAUUCCGGAAAUUGCACUCUUUUUCCCUCUGCUACACAGCUCGGCACAUAACCCCGGCCGCCAAGAAUUGGUUAUUGAAUCAAAAAUUAUUGCUGCUCGAGCGCAAACUAGGCUGUUACCAUGAAGUCGGGUCUCCUAACGGCGGGAGCAGGCCCGGUGCCAGUGAUGACCACGCUACAUCCACAAGCCUACUUACUAAUGUCCAUGGAGUGGAGCUCGGAAUAUGCUACCAAAUAGCAUACGCGUCUGACCUUGCGUUGUACCAGCGAUACUUUAAAGAAAGACUCUCCUUAGCGGCGUACCGUGGCGAUAUAGCCGCCGUAGCGUCGCUUAUUGCGCAGGGAACCGAUGUGAAAUGCCAAAAACAUGUGGUUCGGCCCUCCAAUUAUACCGCCGCCGCUUGCUUCCAUGGAUUCCCUAGCGUUGUAUGCGCCCUUCUGGAGCACAAAGCCACAGACCCAAUCCUGGAAUGUGCAGAGGAGUCCCCACUUUGUAUUGCUGCCGGCCAAGGGAACGAGGAUGUCGUUCGAAUGCUUUUAGAACGACCCAAUGUAACAAUCGGUCAUGAGGGCACAAUAAGUUGUCCGUUGUGGUAUGCCGCUUAUUUUGGGCACGCCGGGGUCUUGCGACUACUCCUAGACAAGUUUCCUGUCUGUCCAGAUAAGUACGGACUCGCCCCCAGGACCCUUCUAUGGUUCGCGGCAUGCCAGGGCCACACGUCUGUUGUACAAAUGCUCUUGGAGCGCGAUGAUGUCAAUCCCAACUGCCAUGAUUCCGAAGGCAAUACCGCUUUAUUGAUAGCUACCAGGAAUGGACAUCAUGAAAUAGUGCAGCUUCUACUCCAGCGGGACGACCUGAACCCAAAUAUAAAGUCUUCUAUGAACUAUACGCCGCUUUUUGAAGCUGCUUUCAAAGGCCACGAAGCUAUCGUCAGGUCAUUGCUACAGUGUCCAGCGGUAGAUCCAAAUUUGGGCGGGUGCUUUGACCAAUCCCCGAUCUCUGUGGCUGCUGAGUAUGGCCUCACAAAGAUAGUGGGCAUCUUCGUGGAGAGAAAGGAUAUCAAUGUCAAUUCACAAAACCGACACCGGCGCACCCCACUCUCAUUCGCCUGCGAGAAAGGUAAUGAUGAAAUGGUUCGUCUAUUGUUAACGCGUGAGGAUAUCGUGUUAGAUAUACCAGAUGCUUGGGGCUACGUCCCUCUAAUGUGGGCAUUUCGAGAGGCGUAUACAGAUAUUAUACUUAUGCUGCUUGAACGUCAACUGGCCGCACCGGUAUCGGUUAUACCGAAGAAAGUCGACUCGAAAUGGAAGCGACUAUUAACUCAGACCCUUUUCCGCCGUCCAGAAACUAAAAUUAGCGCACAAACGAAACCACAAAACGAAAGUCGAAUAGCAACGAGGUGGAAACACAGAGUGGGUGCAGAAAUGCUUCAGGGUUGGCUUUUCUAG